AUGGACGAAAAUCUCGAUGCGAAAGCCAUUCAGGAGCUCGAGGAGGUUUUGCACACCAAGAUAUAUCCCGGGACGGAGAUUAUGAAGGAUGUUGGAACUCACCAUUUUGUGAAAUCGGCCCACGGGAGCGCAAAUGUCUUGGUGCCACAGCCAAGCGACGACGAACACGAUCCCCUCAACUGGACACCGAGAUGGAAGGCCAUCACAAUGUUCUGUGCCACCCUCUUCUCGGUCGCUUUGAACCUCGGUCCAUUGGCCAAUGCUCCCAUGUUUGAGGAGUACAUAAUCGAAUGGAACUGUAGUCUAGCAGACGCGAUUCAGUUCACCGGCAAGUAUGACCGCGUCGCCAUUCUCGUGCUAGGCUUUAGCAACUUUAUAUGGGUUCCGCUGUCUGUAUGCUACGGACGAAGGCCAGUCUUGAUUGUCAGCACCUUGAUCUGUGCCAUUUCUUCGAUUUGGAGAGCCCGUGCCACCAGCUAUAACUCGUUCAUGGGAGCCUCGGUCCUGAACGGUCUGGCUGCGGGUCCUUGCGAGACCAUUCAGCCACAAAUCAUCACCGACAUCAUCUUCUUGCACGAUCGGGGAAAGUACCAGACGCUAUAUUUCAGCAUGUACUUUGCCUCGCUCAUGGUGGGGCCCAUUAUUUCGGGUGCCAUGGCAUCGAAUGUUGGUUGGCGCAAUUUCUGGUGGUUGAACACAGGCUUGCUGCUUGCCUGCUUUGUGCUCAAUAUAUGUCUCUUUCCAGAAACGCGAUACCCUCGACCUACCAACCUUGAGCAAGCCAACAUCACUACUGCUGCCGAUCAAGGCGUUCUCACCACCAAGGAAGCAAAAGAGACCAAUCCGUCGACCGAUCCAGCUGAUUUGACACCGGCCGUCACCCAUCAAGACCCGUGGCUCGGCCGCGGCAAGCCUGGCAAGGCGCAAUUCAAACUCUUCCAGAAAUAUCACGGCAGCAUACUCCAGGAACUAUGGGUACCCUGGUAUCUUCAUAUCUUCCCCAUUGUCGAGUUCGCGUCUUUUGUCGUGUCCUUUACGGCCAGCAUGUACCUCGUCGUAAACCUCUCGCAAACGCAAGCCUUUGCCGCGCCCCCGUACAACUACUCGCCGCAAACCAUUGGCCUCUUCAAUCUCGCCGUCCUGGUCGGCGCCAUCAUUGGCUUGCUGACCAACGGCCCGUGGUCGGACUGGGUCGCCGCUUACCUCACCCGCCGCAACGGCGGCGUGCGCGAGCCCGAGAUGCGCCUGCCCGCCAUGAUACCGUACAUCGUGGUCAUGAUUAUCGGCGGCGUCGUGACCUCGGUCGGUUACGACUACCACUGGCCGUGGCAGGUCAUUGUUAUUGUCGGGUGGAGCUGUCUCGGCAUGCAGGUCGCGGCUCUUCCGGCGAUUGCGUCGACGUAUGCCAUUGAUAGCUACAAGCCCGUCACCGGGUCCUUGUUUGUCGCCAUCACGGUCAAUAAGAAUGUCUGGGGGUAUGGCGUCAGCAAAUUCUUGACUCCGUGGGCGGAGCAGAGUGGGUUUCGACCGCCAAUACUAGUCAACAUGGCAUUGACUAUUAUAUUCUGUGCAACGAGUAUCUUCUUUUGGAUCUGGGGAAAGAAACUUCGAGGUCUCACCAAGGAUUCUUUCGUACACAAGUUAUGA